CAGCUGCCAGUCCCAUCGCCGGAGCCCGAGAUGCUCCCGCUCCGCUUUGCUCCCCGCGGGGAGCGCCGCCAGAGCUGGGGCUGCGAGGAUGGAAAGCGUUAGCGAAAAUGAGGGUGGGAAGAGGGAGAUUUGGGAACUCUGCUCGUGCUCCUUGCCAAAACUGGGACUGGCCAGAACUGCGGAGGAGUCCGGAGGCAGGGUGUGGGUGGCCCCGAUGGGCAGCACCGAACCAAGAGGAGAUGCCGCCUGCUGCAGAGGCAUCUGCUGCUGAACAGCAGCCUUGGACCUCGGGUAGCUAAAGGAGAGGAGCCCUCGAGAUCGACACUUAGAGAAAGAGGAAAAGAAGAGGAGGGGUUGAUGUGAUGCAGGACAGCUGCGAGCCAAGAAGCGGUGCAGAAGUGCUGGUGACAAGGAAGCUUGGCGGUAGAAAGCAUCUAUUCGAGGCUGGACAGAUAAAGCACGGAAGGAACUAGCACACGCUCCCUGACCUCGCAGAUCAUCAGGAAGGAGCCUGCAUGGCAGAGGAAUGGCAGAGCAUCAGCCGUGCAGCAGCGAUGAGAGAGACUGACCUUCCUACGAGUCUCUCCUGGCUCGGCCUCCACGAUGGUUGGUGCCUCUGCAUAUUCAUCGCAUGGUAAUGCAGGAUGUCGAGAGCAGCGGUGGAGUUUGGCUUGAGCCCGUUGUGUUCUUCCCCUGCUGGCUGAGACUUCUCAAUCGCCAUGACAACGCUGUGACACUUCCAGCAACUCGCCCGCAGACCGAGGGUGGGCUGGGGUGGGUGAGAAGGUCGGCGAGCAAGGCUAACGGGAUCGAAAGCUGCGGCGGCAGCAAAACGACUGCGGGAGAGCCGUCGUCGCGACACGAUGAAAUUCCCAUUCUAUUGGCUCCUCGUUAAGCAGGCACAGUAACCCUUCUUUGCAGAGACUUGCUGUAAACCCCGUUUUGGUUAUGGCUACUGAUCCAACGUGACUGGGCACGCGGUGACUUUUGAACUCAUGACUGGCUAUACGAUGUUGCGGAAUGGGGGAGUGGGGAACGGAGGCCAGCCGUGGUUGUUGAGGUGGUCCAGUCGGAUCCGGCUCACCUGGCUUAGUUUCACCCUCUUUAUUAUCCUCGUCUUCUUUCCCCUCAUCGCGCACUACUACCUAACCACCAUCGACGACGCGGACGAUGCCGGCAAGCGCAUCUUCGGCCCUCGGACCGGCAACGAGCUGUGCGAGGUGAAGCACGUGCAAGACCUGUGCCGCAUCCGCGAGUCGGUCAGCGAGGAGCUGCUCCAGCUGGAGGCCAAACGGCAGGAGCUCAACAGCGAGAUCGCCAAGCUCAACUUGAAGAUCGAGGCCUGCAAAAAGAGCAUUGAAAACGCCAAGCAGGACCUGCUGCAGCUGAAGAAUGUCAUCAGCCAGACUGAGCAUUCCUACAAAGAGCUGAUGGCUCAGAACCAGCCAAAGCUUUCCUUGCCAAUCCGGCUGCUGCCAGACAAAGACGACGUGACCUUCCCCCUGCCAAAAUCCAACCGGAAUUGCAGGCUGCACAAUUGCUUUGACUACUCACGGUGCCCGCUGACAUCUGGCUUUCCAGUCUACGUCUACAACAGUGACGAUUACCCCUUUGGUAGCUCCUUAGACCCUUUAAUUAAACAAGCCUUUGAGGCGACUGUCAGAACUAAUGUUUAUGUUACUGAAAAUGCAAAUAUUGCUUGUGUGUAUAUAAUUUUAGUGGGGGAAAUGCAAGAGCCCGUAAUGCCAAAACCUACUGAACUAGAGCAACAGUUGCACUCUUUGCCAUAUUGGAGGACUGACGGACAUAACCAUCUCAUCAUCAAUUUAUCGAGGAAAUCGGAAACUCAGAACUUUAUUUACAACAUCAGCACGGGGCGUGCCAUGAUUGCCCAGUCCACCUUUUAUGACGUGCAGUACCGACCAGGGUUUGAUAUUGUGGUAUCACCCCUGGUGCACGCUAUGUCUGAACCCAACUUCCUAGAAAUCCCGCCCCAGGUGCCAGUCAAGCGCAAAUACCUGUUUAGUUUCCAGGGGGAGAAGAUUGAGUCUCUCCGAUCCAGCUUGCAAGAGGUUCGCUCUUUCGAAGAGGAGAUAGAAGGCAAUGCCCCAGCUGACUACGACGAUCGCAUCAUUACCACCCUGAAGGCCGUUCAGGACAGCAAGCUGGACUUUGUUUUGGUGGAGUUCACGUGCAAGAACCAGCCUAAGGCGAGUCUGCCCACUGAGUGGGCUCUGUGUGGAGAAAGGGACGACAGACUAGAGCUACUGAAGCUAUCUACUUUUGCACUGAUAAUCACCCCGGGGGACACCCGCUUAGUGAUCUCCGCUGGGUGUGCCAUGAGACUGUUUGAGGCUCUGGAAGUCGGAGCCAUCCCGGUGGUUCUCGGAGAGCAAGUUCAGCUACCCUAUAACGAUGUGAUCCGGUGGAACGAGGCAGCCUUAAUCAUACCAAAGCCACGUAUCACAGAAGUGCACUUUCUUCUGAGAAGCAUUUCUGACAACGAUCUGCUCGCCAUGAGGAGGCAGGGCCGCUUCUUGUGGGAGACCUACUUCUCCACCUCCGACAACGUUUUCAGCACAGUCUUAGCUAUCAUAAGGACUCGAAUCCAAAUCCCGGCCGCUCCUAUCCGAGAAGAAACUGCGGUGGAGAUCCCCCACCGGUCGGGCAAAGCUGCUGGCACAGACCCCAACAUGGCAGACAAUGGUGACCUGGACUUGGGGCCUGUGGAAACCGAACCACCCUAUGCAUCUCCCAAAUAUCUCCGCAAUUUCACCCUCACCGCAAUGGACAUCUACAGGAAUUGGAAUUCCGCUCCAGGGCCUUUCCACCUCUUCCCCUAUACUCCCUUUGACCCUGUUUUACCAUCGGAAGCAAAGUUUUUAGGGUCUGGGACUGGAUUUCGACCCAUAGGUGGAGGAGCAGGUGGCUCUGGGAAGGAGUUCCAGGCUGCUCUGGGUGGCAACGUCCCCCGGGAGCAGUUCACAGUCGUGAUGCUCACGUACGAGCGGGAGGAAGUGUUGAUGAACUCCCUAGAAAGGCUCAAUGGUCUCCCGUACUUAAAUAAAGUGGUGGUAGUGUGGAACUCUCCCAAGCUUCCCUCCGAGGAUCUCUUGUGGCCAGACAUUGGCGUCCCGAUCAUGGUUGUGCGCACGGAGAAGAACAGCCUGAACAACCGCUUCCUGCCGUGGGAUGAGAUCGAGACGGAGGCCAUCCUGUCCAUCGAUGACGACGCUCACCUUCGCCACGAUGAGAUCAUGUUCGGGUUCCGGGUCUGGAGAGAGGCGAGGGACCGCAUCGUUGGCUUCCCGGGCCGCUACCACGCGUGGGACAUCCCCCAUCAGUCCUGGCUCUACAACUCCAACUACUCGUGUGAGCUCUCCAUGGUGCUCACUGGUGCUGCCUUCUUCCAUAAGUACUACGCCUACCUGUACUCCUACGUGAUGCCGCAAGCCAUCCGCGACAUGGUGGACGAGUACAUCAACUGCGAGGACAUCGCCAUGAACUUCCUCGUCUCUCACCUCACGAGAAAGCCUCCCAUAAAGGUGACCUCCCGCUGGACUUUCCGCUGCCCCGGGUGCCCCCAGGCGCUCUCGCACGACGACUCCCACUUCCACGAGCGGCACAAGUGCAUCAACUUCUUCGUGAAGGUGUACGGGUACAUGCCGCUGCUCUACACCCAGUUCCGCGUGGACUCGGUCCUCUUCAAGACCCGCCUGCCCCACGACAAGACGAAAUGCUUCAAAUUCAUCUAAAAGCAGCAGGCAGCAGGCGGCCGGGCGCCCCUCGGCUCGCCGAACUUCGUCCCGAGGCGGGUGAGGGCGGAGGGUGGCUUCUCAGCAGGGCUCCGAGGGCAAAAAAAGCCUGCUGUUGACUCCAGCCUCCCUCCCGCGGAGGAAAAGGGACGUCCUGGGUUUGGGACAGGCACAUUUCCCCCCCGUCCUGCUCUCCCCACGGCGACAAGACCAGGCGGAGGGGCGCAGGAUCUCACGGCUCCCGCGAGGACGCUCCCUAGGAUCGUACACUGAGGAAUGGCGCGUUGGCUAGUGGAUCCGCCCCCGCGCUAGCCGAGGGCAACCAUUCUUUUUAAUUAUAAUUAUUGUUAUUUAAAAUGAAAGUGUUUUAGAUUUGCC